AUGAAGUCGCACGUAUUAUUACUGCUGAUGUUUUGUUCUGGCUUUAGAGCACAUAAAGCAGCGAAUGAAAAGCCAGACGGUAAGCUGAUUGGUGGGCUGAGCACUAAGCCUUCCAAGCACCCAUACCUAGUCUCCAUACAGACACGGUUCUUCAGGAUUCGAGCGCAUAUAUGCGGAGGGACAUUACUUAGUGAAAGUUGGAUUCUCUCAGCGGGGCACUGCGUGACAGAGUCCUUCAUAGUGAAGUGGCUUCCAAUGGAUGCUGUAGCUGGAUCGAAUAAUGCACACGAGAUGCAUGGUUUGGGCUUCGGUCCUGACGCGCAAAUCGCCCCUGUUGACCGUCGUAUAGCGCAUCCUAAUUAUGCUGGUGGCAUCGGACCAAAUGAUAUAGCAGUCCUUCACACUAGCAACCCAUUCAAGUUUACAAAAUUCAUACAACCAGCAAUGCUGCCUCUGAUUUCGAAAGCAACGUACGAAUCUCCACUGACGUUGACUGGGUGGGGUAUAUUGAAAACUACGUUCUUCUUUCCUGAUCUGCCGAGGUAUCUGCAAGAAGUCAAUGUUACCUUCAUUCCAUACAAGGAAUGCUACGAGGCUAUAGAAUCAAUAAAAGACAAAGGUGAAACAAACCCCCUAGAUGAAAAGUCCAACAUCUGCACAGGACCCUUAUCUGGCGGUGUCUCAGCCUGCAGCGGGGACUCCGGUGGACCUUUAAUACAAUUCAUAAACGAAUAUGACAACAUAAUUAAUGAAGAUGAAGAUGAAGAUAAUCUUACUGCGGAAUUGAAUGAUAAUUACCUGUUGAAGCUCCCUAAUCGUAAAGGAGAAAAAAGGAAAAGUAAGGAAGAAACAGACACUAAAAUAAGUCCAAUGGUGGUCGGUGUUGUAUCUUGGGGUUCAACACCUUGUGGUGAUAAAGGCGCCCCAACAGUAUACACUAAAGUAAAUAACUUUUUAGAUUUCAUUAAUACACAUGUCAUAUAACAUUUGUUUUAUUUUAUAAAAUUAGUACAAAAUAACUUAUCACGAUUACCCUACUUAAAUCUACUAGGUGAAACCAAAUUGGUAAUAAAAAAUUCUGGAUGAUUACGAUCAACUUUUACUAUGGGACUUAUAUGGAAUUCGGC